GUGGAGGCACAAGCCACAUGCCCAAUUUUACCUUCAAAAUGACACCCAAAGCAGGAGCUUUGGGAAGAAAAGCUGGAAAAGCAGGACUGGCUGCUACGCCAAUGCCUGGCCAGGAUGGAGUCAUGGCACGACUGAACCACCAGGGCCGGAUUUUGGCACGAGUUGGGGAUGCUCAAGGCUGAGAUGGCCGUGCCAGGAGGGCACCCCAAAACCUCCACCCAUCACCACAAGUCCCUCCUCCGCUCUCCCCUUCCCAAUUUCCCGGGCCCCCCUGUGCAGCAGACGGAUGCUGGGUAAGAGGUGUGUCUGUGGGAGCCGUCCUCGCCACGCAGCGUCGCCCGGCUGCCAUCCCUGCCACGGCUCUUCCGCCCGGGCUGGGGGCACAACCCGGGGCACACGGGGCUGAGCCUCUGCUGGCGAUGCCAACAACACCACGGGCAGGCUCUGGGACAAGGACAUCACCCAGCUGGCCUUGGCGGAGGGAAGGGGUCCCUGGUGGGGACACGGGCACGGCGAUGCCAACCCCUUUCUCUGCCUUCUCCCCUUUUCCUCCCCCCGUUUGGCACUUGGCAGCGGAGCCGUGGCGGCGGCUGGGGCGCGGUGCCGGGGAAAGGCUGCCAAGGCUCGCCAGCCCCCCGUGCCAAGGCUGGCGGCUGGCAGAAGGGCCGCCCGCGCCUGGCAGGGCUUCGUCAGCUGCGGGAGGAUCCCCGUGCCGCGCUCGCUGCCAAUUUCCCCGCGAGCUGGCACCGCAGGCGGCUCCGGAGGCACCGGCAGAGAGGCUGGGGAGGACGGAUUGUGAAAGGGAGAGAGGAAAAAAAAGAAAUUAAUGGACACAUGCCAUCGCUGGAGCGGUGAGGCUGCCAAAGCACCAGCAGGCAGCGGGGGCAAAACCCACCGGCGGCACAGAGGAGGGUCUGCAGCGCGUCCCGGCGUGGGCACAUGGAGCACGGGCGGCGUGGAGGAGGCACGGCAGGGCCGAGGCAGGACGGAGGACAGAGGUCUCAGGCCCACAGGAGCUGCCCCAGCCUGGCCCUGGAUGUCACUGUGCCACCCCUCCCCGCUGUGGGACAGUCCUGGGGCUGUGGUGUGAUGGAUGUGGAUGUGCCACCAGCCUGGUCCUUGCUGGGAUGCACCGACAGCUGCUGAGCACCAAAUCCGCUGGGAUGUGGCAACGGGAAUGGGAUUUCCCCUGGGACCCUCCUGCAGCCACCAGGAUUCAGCAUCCCAGGAGUGAAGAAGGUUCAUUCAUCCAGAAGUUUAUCCAUGCAAGCACAAGUGGAGCUUUACCAAACACGCCCAGGCCCUGCUGGCUGCCUUGGGGGCCAGGAUUCUGCCUGGGAAGGAGGAAAGUGCUCCUCACCCUGCUCCAGACCAUGGCAGCGUCACCCAGGGGACCUGCGUGGACACUCCGAGGGCUGUGCCAGGUCCUGGAGCUCACCUGGAGCACACCAGUCCUAAUCCCAGCUCCUCUCUGUGUCCUGGGGCUGCUCGGGGCUGUCCCAUCCCAGCCCCUCUCCGUGUCCUGGGGAUGCUCGGGGCUCUCUGCCCGACCCCAGCCCCUCUCCGACCCCAGCCCCUCUCCGUGUCCCAGGGAUGCUCGGGGCUGUCCCAUCCCAGCUCCUCUCCAGGGCUGUCCCAUCCCAGCCCCUCUCCAUGUCCCGGGGAUGCUUGGGGCUCUCUGCCCGACCCCAGCUCCUCUCUGUCCGGGCUCUCUGCCCGACCCCAGCCCCUCUCCAUGUCCCAGGGAUGCUCGGGGCUCUCUGCCCGACCCCAGCCCCUCUCCAUGUCCUGGGGAUGCUCGGGGCUCUCUGUCCCACCCCAGCCCCUCUCCGACCCCAGCCCCUCUCCGUCCGGGCUCUCUGCCCCAUCCCCACCCCACACCAGGAGCUCUACGGGCCAUCCCGCCCUUCAAACCCCAAGGAACCGGGCAGGGAACUCGUGUCGGGGGCUGGUUCUGGAGUGGGAUUGGGGUGCCACAGGAGGCUCCGGGGGUGCUGUGGGUGCUGCCGGUCACUGCCAGGUUACAUCUGCCGGGGCACGCAAGAGUGACUCCAGAUGCAUUAGAAGUGCCGUGCUCCAAUUUCAAUUUCAUCGUCUCACAAUCAUUUUCAGGCUCCUCUUAGUGCCACAUUAACGAAGCCUGCUCGUUUGAAUGCAUAAUUAGCCCAAGCAUUCUACCUCGCUAAUUUCGAAGCAAGGAGGGGGGGAGAGAAGGGGGGGAAUUUGCAUAUUAAUCUAGCAGAGGGAGAGAAAAACUGUUUACCACUUGCUUCUUGCUGUUGAUCACAGCGGACUUAACUCUUUCCCGGGUGCCAUCUGGAGCUGGAGCGGGCUCCCAGCCGGCACGUGGGACGGGCCGCAAAGGUUACAGACUGCAAUUAAAUAAUUAAAUCCUGCCGAGAGCCCCUGAGAGCCCUGGGGCUGCGGCUCCUGCCAGCGCAGGGCGCAUGAAAGGCGGCUGAGGUGGAGGUGGCAGCUCCGAAAUGUCCCCUACCCUCCUCCCUGGUGGCUGAAAAGCCACCCACCCACCCGUUGUCACCCCCUCAGGGUGGCAGUGUCCCAUCCCGGAUCCACCCCUUGGCCAAGCAGAAGGGAUUCCCAGCAGUGCCAUCCCUCCUGCAAAUUCCAACUCCGUCACCCUCGGCGUGUCCCCUUCAAAGGGACACCUUUGCCCUCAGGGCUCUGUGAUUUUAGCAUCCCCCACCCACGCCGUGCUGCUGGAUGGAUGAGCGUGUCCCUUCCCCGCAGCCCCUUUGCAGGGGGUGUCCCGUGGGGUCCCCACAGCCUCUGCACACCAAGAGCACCCGAGGAGCGGGGUGGGCAGCACAACUCACCCCAGCCCCCCAAACACCGGCUCCCUUUGUUUGGGAGUCUGUGGGCGUCUUGAGCCGAGGUUGGAGGUAAUUUGUCUGUCUCCUGCAGCGGGCUGUCAUCUCGCAUCUGUGAGCCAGUUCUGUUUGCACUGCCAUUAAAAAAAUCUCAGGUCUGACAGGUAAUAAAAAAAACCCAAAAAAACCCCAAAAAACCCCAUUAAAAAAUAGCAACAGGAUGUUGGGAAUAUCACAGACUCGUCGCAGCUGGACCACCCUCACAUGCAGCUCUCACUGUCCGGGUAUUUGGGUUUGAGGGUGGUCGCACUGCACUGAGCCCUGGUUUGGCCUUUGGACACGUAUCCCCAGGGAUGUCCCCUCGGCACCUCCAUCCCGGCUCCCCAAACGCCAUCCUCAGCCCUGGAGACCCCCCUGCCCCAUCAGCCACCCUGCCUCGCUGGCUCGGAGCCAUCCCAGCGCGUCACAGCCAUUUGGGGACACCUCCACCCUCGGCAUCCCCGGCUGAGUCCGCACCGCAGCCGCACGGAGCCGUGCCCGGGGGUUUAUCCUUCCCCAGCCCCGGGGGUGCGGAGCCGAGGGCGGGGGGCGCACCCCAAAAGUGCCCGAGGGCGCUCCGGAGCGGGGCCGGCGCUGCGGAGGGGCGCGGGGCUGGCUCGGAAAGGGUUAACGGUUGAUUACAGCCUUUGUCUCCGCACCAGCGUACAUAAUGCGCCCGCAUUUGCAUACUGCAGUGUGCGCUCAAUUAAAAUGAACUUUUAAUUUCUUCUAA